AUGUUUCAUCCAUGUGUGGCUGAGGCAGAGGCACUUGAGGUACAACGUCAGUCUCAGCAAUCUUUUGAUGACGGGACGCUAUCAAAGAUAGAGUCCACCCACUCGCGGUCGAUUGUGGAAGAAGCGGACAAUCAAACUAGUCUUGAACCCACCGAGUGUGAAGUUGAAGAAAUCGAAGAAGAGCGGUGGAAAGUUGAAGAAAUCAAAGAAGAAAAAUCCAUUCAAGGCACGAACUACUUCUUGUUGAAAUGGAUAGGCAGGCCCUCUGAGUACAAUGAAUGGGUCCCAGAGGAAGAUAUGGAAAACCUGCGCGACGAGAUCGAGGAAUUCAGGGAGGCUAAGCCAAGGACGACGAAGACAAGACAACCGCCAACCCACUCGCAGUUGAUUGAGGAAGAAGCGGAUAAUCAAACUACUCUUGAACCCGCCGAGUGUGAAGUUGAAGAAAUCGAAGAAGAAAAAUCCAUUUGA